AUGAAAAUUCGCGGAACAUUUGAUGACAAGCAUAAGCUGUAUGCUACUAUCACAGAAGAUGUUCGUUUAUUCACAAAAAUAUUGGAUCCUAUGAGUAUGUUCUGUUCUGCUUCAAUACAAGAAAAAUCAAUACAGAGCGCAGAGAAUUUUGAGUUCAGAAUUCACCAAGAUAUUUUAGCAGCCACUGUCAACAUCGACCAUACUGAUCCAUUAUCUAAAGAAGCCAUGAUUAUGCAAUGCCGUUAUUACUAUCGAAAGGACAAAAUGGAGCAGUACAAAAUUGAUGAAUUUGAGAAAACUUACACUUCACAAGAUGCACUGCAUUGGUAUACUAAAGACUCAUUCGCGUAUCGCCUUUUGAACAAGGCGCUGAGAACACGAAAUACCGAAGUCAUUCAUGCCUUUCGUUUUUUCAUCGUUGAUCUUCAUCAACAAAUUCGUGAAUUGCAUUGGAAACAGAUGCAAGGAAAAGAUGCAAGAGUAACAACGCUUUAUCGAGGACAAUUGUUACCAAAAGACGAGUUAGAAGAACUCAAGAAACAAACCGGUAAAAAAAUCACUAUGAAUGGCUUCUUAUCGACAUCUUCAUCAUCGUCAAUAGCUUUGCUCUACAGUGGCGAAGGACAACAACGUCCAUUUUAUGAAUCAGUCUUCUUUCAAAUUGAUCUUCCAUCUUCUGAUAAGCAUCCAGCGAUGCCAUAUUGCAAUAUAGCGCACCUAAGCAAAUUCAAAGGGGAGCACGAAUAUUUAUUCAAAUUCAGAGCUAUCUUUGAAGUUGUAUCGGUAGAAAAGCCCACUGAAGAGAUCUGGUAUGUUCAACUUCGACUAGAACGUAUCGAAGAUCAUUCUUUAAAUAGCACAAAUGGCACAUCUAGAGAAAUCUUGAUCGAUUUUUUUAGCGAAUCGGUAUCCAAUAAUGAAACAUUACAGAAUAUUAACCUGAUGGUCGACGAAAUUUCUUUAGAACACCGCAAUCGCAUGGCUGGUUACAUUAAACUAGGUGAUGCAUAUGAAGAAAGAUUUGAGCAUACUCAGCAGUUACGUUACUAUAGAGCGAGUUUGGAAGUACUGGAAAAAGUAUCAAAUGAUAAACAUCCACUCUUGAGCUUGGGCUACGAUACAAUCAUUCGCAAGCUUGCAGGAGUCGUGCAGGAUUGUACUAAAGAGGAUAUCAAUGUGCUCAAAAUGGCUCUUUCUAAGCCCGAUAUGUGCGCUGAGGAUAUAUGCUAG